CGCCACUCCACCAUCACAGACGAAGCUAUCAUCAUGUCAAUCCCAGCCAGCGAAUCUGUUCCGACAAAGAAGGUGGGCAAGGCUGUCCUCGAGGCAAUCAAGGCAGGCGCCCCAAACAUCGAUCUGAACCGCCUGCCCGACCUUGUCGACAUGUCUCCCUCGUCGAUCACUGCCAACGUGCAUGCGAUCAAUGCUCUCUGUGAGAACCCAAGACAGAAGUUCGUCUUUGAGAAGCUCGUCACGCAUCUCCACGACUUUGCUCGCGAAGUCAGCCUGACGACCGACGAGUGGAUGUCCGCCAUCCACUUCUUGACUGCGACCGGCAAGAUCUGCUCCGACAUUCGCCAGGAAUUUAUCCUCCUUUCCGACGUGCUCGGCCUGUCUGCGCUGGUUGAUUCGAUGAAUCACCCCGUCGUGGCACCAGCCACCGAGGGGACAGUGCUUGGUCCCUUCUUCACAGAGGACGCAAAGGAGCUCUCUGCGGGAGAAUCGAUUGCGUCGGAGGGAAAAGGCGAGUAUAUGUGGUGCGAGGGCCGCAUUCUGGAUGUCGAGGGCAAGCCCGUGCCAAACUGCAAGAUUGAGACCUGGGAGACAGACGACGACGGCCUGUACGACACCCAGUACGAGGGCCGCACAGAAGCAGACUGCCGUGGAAGGCUCACCUCGGACGAAAAUGGAUACUACUCGUACCGCGCAAUUCUCCCCACUCCGUACCCAAUCCCAAACGACGGGCCAGUCGGAGGCCUUCUCAAGACGCUGAACCGUCAUGUGUUCCGCCCAGCUCACUUGCACAUGAUGUUCUACCGCGAUGGAUACGAGACGCUGAUUACUGCACUGUACUUCAAGGGCGACCGUUACCUCAAAUCCGACGCCGUCUUUGGUGUCAAGACGUCUCUCAUCGUUGACCCGGUUCUCGUCGAGGACGAGGCAAAGGCCAAAGCGCAUGGUUUCAAACACGGACCAUUCUGGCACUUGAAGAAGGACUAUGUCCUUCUGACGACAGCCCAAGCGGAUGAGCAGAAGAAAAAGUCGCUCGCAAACUACUACGUCAGCCUGCAAUGAGCGCUGCAGCUGCUGGCCGUUGGAGGAAGGAAUAAGACGUGUUUUGUUAAUUUCAUCCUCUGCAAUUUUGAAGUAACGGGAAACUGAUUCUUUGAAAUGUGAUGCCCUGCCAGGAG